AUUGUAUACACCUGUGUCCAUGGAGGGGAUUGGAACACCUGAAUCACAUGAUAUGGAGGGGAUUGGAACACCUGAAUCACAUGAUUGGGAGGGGAUUGGAACACCUGAAUCACAUGAUUGGGAGGGGAUUGGAACACCUGAAUCACAUGAUAUGGAGGGGAUUGGAACACCUGAGUCACAUGAUUGGGAGGGGAUUGGAACACCUGAAUCACAUGAUUGGGAGGGGAUUGGAACACCUGAAUCACAUGAUAUGGAGGGGAUUGGAACACCUGAAUCACAUGAUUGGGAGGGGAUUGGAACACCUGAAUCACAUGAUUGGGAGGGGAUUGGAGCACCUGAAUCACAUGAUUGGGAGGGCGGGGACAAUACUUUUGGCAAUAUUUUGUGUGUAAUA